AUGCCCACUGUGCACCAGACAGUAGAUCAGCAAAAUAUUUUGUUCAAAAAACAAGAAAAUAAAAUACAAGAAAAUAAUCAAAUUAAUUUAUCAAAUCAUAUUCAAGAAACAUCAAGUGAAGACAUUAAUAUUAAAAAUGUUAAAGAACAAGAACAAAUAAAAUUGGAACGAAAUAGUAAAUCUUCAGAUGUUUUAUGUAAAAUAUUAGCAACGAGUGUAUCAGUAAAUAUAUGCAAUAUUAUACAACAUAAAUUAAUUAAACCUGUUAGUCAAACUGGAAUUGAUUGUGGAAUGAAAAAAUUAACAGCAGGAAUUGAUAAAGAACUUAAUGAUAAAAUGAAUAAUUUAAAAGCACUAAGACGAACAGAAUUUUUUCAAAAUAAAGAUAAAGAUAAUCGAAUUGGAAAAGAACAUAAAAAUGGUAUGAAAGAUAAAGCAGCUUUAGCUAAAGCAAAUCAAAUGAUUGAAAAUAUAAAAACUGGUGGUGAAGCUGGAUUACCUCAAUUAGGUCCAUUAAGUGAUGCCACAGAUAGACCAAUUAGAGUUUUAGAUGAAAACGGACAACUCGUAUGUAUUAUUGGUGAAGAUAAAGGAGGUAAACCACUUGAAGUUGAAUAUCAUAAACCAAAUGAAAAUAAUCCAUCAGGACAUUGGACUUGGCGUGGAAGAAAAGAACCAGUUGAAUAUAAUACCGGAAAAAAUAAUUGUUUAUUUAAUGUUAUCGCAGAACAAACAGGAAAGAAGCCCAUUGAAUUAAGAAAAGAUACCGCUAGCAUGAUGGAAAAUGACAAGGAAAAUCUUGCUAAUCAAGCUGAUGAUAUUAAAAGAUUAGAGCAAUACAAAAAAGAUGCAUUAAUUAUGGGAGGAUGUCCAACAUAUACAAAGGAAACUGCAAAAAAAACUAUAGAUAAUUCGGAAGGGAAAAAGCCUUAUCUGAGUAAAGCACCGGGACAUGCUAGACAUCAUACCGAAGAUAAAAAUAUCGAUCAUUCUGCGAAAGGACAACAUACAACGUUUGAGAAAUCGAUUAAUAUGGAUCAGUCUUUUGAAGGGAUGAUGAGCGCUGAUCCUACUAUAACAGAAUACACUACCGAUACACAUCCUAUUUUACAGGAAUUAACUGACGAUGUACAAAAAGUAGUUGUAACAUCUUCUGCAGUACCCUCACCUACCGAUGGACCGGCACAUAUGAAUAGUUAUAACCUAGGUGUCUUAAAGGCACCGAGCAUGUACCCAUUAAUGGCUUACGGUUUAUUCUCUGUAGUCAGAAAGACAGUGGAGGUAAAUAUGAUGCAAAUGCUCCGAUACAUGUACAAUCAGUAA